AUGGCAGAUCCUCUCUCAACAGCAUCCGAGGUCAUCGCCGUCCUCGAACUCAGCGGGCGCGUAUCCGCCCGCCUGAACCGGAUCACCAGGGAGAGCGGCAAUGGCUCGCUCUCGCUGCACCCCGACGAGAAACAGGAACUCCAGGCGAUGCUGAUGACGUUUAUGGCGAAUAUGCGUGCGUUCGUUGCUACAUUUGAAAACGACACCUCUGGUGUUCCGCGCGACGUCAUGGCCUCGUUCGAAGAGCAGUUGUAUACCGCCAAAAAGCUUCUUGAGCGGCUGGUAGAGAGGCUUGGCACGGUUUCUACCUCCGACCUUUUUUCUCGAGGCAUUAAGGGUGGGAUUGGUGGCGGGAGGUUGUAUCUUGUUCAGAGGGAGAUUCGCGAUGCGUUUGCGAGGAUUCAGGGGAUUGCACUGAGGCUGGAGGAGUUGAGGAGUGCUGUGCUAGUUCAAAUCAAUGCGUCGCAGAAUCGAGAGCAGGUUGCCGUUUCUGCUGAAGAUGCUGCGAAGUUAGCCGCGCCGGCACCACCAAAGCUGCCCGAGAAAGAGCCACCACCUAGUGGGCCAGAGCUGACCAGUAACGUUGACUUCCCCCCGGUCGAGCACUACAUGAAGGGCCUUACCUCUCGCGAGAAGCUGUAUUUCUCUCGACUGGUGUUUGAAAAUGGGAGGAAUUAUAGCUUGACGUUGAAACAUCCUACGGACACAUCUUUAUCUCCUUCUGAUGCGCAAGAUAUAUCAAGCCUUGCGGCCAUCCAAAGGUGGUGCGAGGAGUCGACCACCCCCGCGACCACCGAGGAUGUUUCUUUUCGACUUUUCAUCUGCGGCAAGGCAAAAGCCCCAGGAGGCAUCUCGUUGCCGCAGAAAGUAUUUGCUGCGAUCAUGGAACGGCUGAAUUUACCACGCAGCUUCUUUCAGCUCUUGCUAAGUGGCACUUCGAAGCUCGUCAAGGAAGACAGCCUAACUGGUUCUAAGACGUCCGGUAAUACCGAGUAUCUGAGCCUUCAUCAUCCGCUGAUUUAUUCAGGCUUUGCCUUCCGCACGCCACUAUCUCGAACCGAAGACUGGACCCUGGCUCUCCACUGCGACACCUCUUCUCACAUCAUCAACGGCUUAGUCCACGGACUCCAAGGCGACGAGAGGUCCGCUUUGCUCAGUUAUGUGUCCGAUGCGGCGAAGGACGCUUGCCAUCCGAUGUUGCUCCCUAUUAUUCUUUGUGAGAUGCUAGCAACAGCCGAUGCAAACGGCAUCCGCGCGAACGGAUUCGAGCUGGCCAAGGUGGAAUUUAGGACAAAUUUCUCAGGCUUCUAUCAGAUUAAUACGGCUAUGGAUGGAUCAGGCAAUACACCCGAAAAAGAAUUUGCGGAGAUGACUCGAAUGCUCAAUUAUAUCAUCUCUCGUCUGGCAUUUCACGAGAUGCGCAUGCACGCCAAUAUGGCGCUGACGCGGCAGAUUCGAGAGCACAUGUCUGCUAUCAAAGCCGAGCUUGAUACAUUGUUAAAAGUCCCGGAAAGCAAUAAGGACUCUACCCCGAACUCAGGCCCGUGGAUGCAGGUUGUGAACGGUGCAUCGCGUAGGCUGACGCAGCGCGUCAAGCACUUGGAAGCCGAGCAUGAGGCUCUUCUGCUUGAGAUAGCCUGUCACCAGAAGAUCGCCCAGAGCCAAUUGCAGAUUGUAUACAACCUUAUCGCCCAGCGCGAUAACAAGGAUAACCUGAAGAUGGCCGAGAUAUCAACCAGGAUUGCGAAUACAACUAAGAACGACAGUUAUGCUAUGCGCACCCUUGCCCUCAUGAGCGUUGUCUUUCUUCCGGCUACCUUUAUCGCGUCAUUCUUCUCGAUGGAUAUGUUCGACUGGCAGGCUCCCACUGGCAGCAGCAUUGUGACGCCGCGCUUGUGGAUCUACUGGGCCAUCACGGCCCCGCUUACGCUUCUCGUCGCCGCUAUCUGGCUUGUCCUGUAUAGGCGACAUCUAGGCCGCGAAGACGAGUUCCCGUUUGCAGCGAGACUUGGACGGUCCUCUUCAGACACACCUUCGUGGUUUGGUGCUCCGGGUACAACGAAGGCGCCUUCACGACCGGUUGAGUCCGGCCAGCAAAGCCGUAAAAGGGCUCCGCAUGCAUCACUAACGUCAAGGCUUGGGGCUCUUGUUGGGAUAAAACCAGAUCGCGGAAGCAAGUACGAGAAGGAGGAUGAGCUCGAUAUACAAGAGACGGAGAUUGGGACUGGCAUUGGCACUAGUAGCGCGCCUGGUGCAGGGCUGUCGUCAAGAGGAAACGGAGAGCUAAAGUCAUUUGAUCGACCCCGCAGGGUGAAUACCGUUAUUCAGGGCCCGCGGCGGUAA